GUCACUUCGCCGACCCUCGAGGAGCACACCACCAAGGAGGCUUCGCUUCGCGAGAAGUAUCCAGAGAUCUACGCAAAGAUCGACUACUGGCGCGCUCUUGGUGGUGCCAAGAAGCCCGCCGACCUUCUCGAUCCUCCCGAUUCUGGUAGCGAGUACACCGACGACGCCCACUCUGACGACGACUCGCUUCUUGCAGCUCCUUCUCAGCGCGUGGCCCAAGAGACCCAGACGCCCACCGCCUGUGGUCAAGCUGCGGAGAGCAAAAGCCAGAUGAAGGAGGCCUCUACCGACGAUUCUUCUUCCAACGAUGAUGACUCGAGCACUGGCUCGUCCAACGGCGACCCGUUCCACUUGAACAAGUAUCUCACGCCGGAGUACCAGGCCAAGGCCCAGGAUUAUCUCAAGGCCUUCGACGAGGCUCAAGCUCAAGCUCAAGCUCAAGCUACCGACAAGCCCGUCUACGGGCCUGCCCCUCCCCCUUUCUGGACCCAGUCCGGAGGAAAGACCAUCGCCGCCAAGCCGACUGCCACGGAUAACCGCUCUCAGAAGACUGCGGAGAGCGACGAGUCUUACACCUUCAUCCAGAGAGACCCGAAGGAAGUGCAUGCGUUCUAGAGCAACGUACGAACCUCACUUCACGUUUCCGACGAUGAACUGUCCGAUACCGACGACGUCAAGGCCGCCAAGGUCUCCGCUGCUCAGCGGGAGCGAG